UUGAAAAAAGAAGAAGAAAAAGAAUUAAAAAAAAAUAGCCAUAGUAUCCAACUAUUUCAGCGACAUGGCACAACGACCUAGAAGAUGAGAUGCCGUCAUCCUAUGAAGUAUGAACGGUCUGAUAUAAACAAUGCCGACAAUAAUUCAUUUAUUAAAAUUGUCGGAUCAAUUUGUGUACCUUAAUUAAUUUUACGAGUUUCAAGUGUAUAUAUACAUAUAUAUAGAUUAGAUCGCCUUCGAAAUUUGCUAUACGCCACAAUCCAGCAGAAGCUCCAUUUUCGGAAUUCGAUAAAGCUCAUAUACAAAGUAGUACUAUUCGUACUGAUCAAGGUAUAGAAGACCCAAAAAAUGCUCACUUUUACAGCCAAAUGACGAUUCUGUUUUCUUAAUGGAGUGUCUCUUUGAUGGGGUUUUUCUCUUGUAUAGAAACCCAGUACCAUAAUUUCAAAGAAAGGAGAAGGUUACAGUGUCGUAGCACUUCUUGCUUGGCAGCCCGGUGCACAAAGCAUCCCGUGUUCACGCAGGGUUUAGGGAAAGGCCGCACCCCAAAGGGGUGUGAUGUAGGCAACCUAUCCUGAUCAGUGGCUUAUUCCACGGCUCGAACCCGUGACCUAUAGAUCACACGGAGACAACUUGACGGUUGCUCCAAGGCUCCCCUUCCGUAGCAUUUCUUGCAUGGAGAAUACAUGGCAUCCUUGGCAACAGCAGAAGUUUGUGAUGUAAAUGCAGGGCUUCUGUCAAAUGGCGAUCUACGAGUUUUGCCACCUAUCUUCCAGCUAUACGGGCAAAGUCGAGCUUUCUCUGGCCCCAUUACAACCCUUAAGGUGUUUGAGGACAAUGUGUUAGUCAGGGAGCUUCUUGAAACUAGAGGCGAAGGACGAGUUCUGGUUAUAGAUGGUGGAGGUAGCAUGCGAUGUGCUCUAGUAGGCGGGAACUUAGGACAAUUAGCACAGAAUAUGGGUUGGGCAGGUAUUGUAGUUAAUGGCUGCAUUCGAGAUGUAGACGAGAUUAAUGGCUGUGACAUUGGGGUUCGUGCAUUGGCAUCGCACCCUCAGAAAUCGAGCAAGAAAGGCCAUGGUGAAAAACAUGUUCCUGUUUAUAUUGGAGGGAUGUUGAUUCGUGAAGGAGAAUGGUUAUAUGCAGAUAGUGAUGGCAUCCUCGUAUCGAAAACUGAAUUAUCGGUCUAAUUUGAAAAUCAUGCUGUUGUCUGCUUCAGCUCGUGUCUUCGGAUUUACGAUCAAAGUCCUAUGGCAAGUGAAAUCCUAGUUUUGUGUUGUGUAUUAAUACAUAUUUUGAUUCAUGUAAUCUAAUAAGGGCAAUGCCAAUCAUAAUUCAUAACUAUGGGGUUUUUGUACCAAAACUAGCACCCUCGUCGAAUGUUUCAUUUUUAUGUGACAUUUUCAUUGUUCUGUUGAAAAAAGAACGAUACCUUCUUAUAUUUGGAUAGUUUAACUUUA